AGAUUUCGGAUAGCUGAAGGAUGGGCAUGGAGAGAUGACAUUGACUACAGCAGGACGACAAUGGAAAAGAGUAUUUCAACCAUGCAUGAGAAACAAAGGAUUAAUUUAACUAAGGAAGACCUUCUGUUAUCCGUGGCACAGGAUCCUGGACUAGACUACGGGCAAGGGCGGUAUCUUGAGCUGGAAGGAGUGGACGAUUAUGUGAUGUGGCACGAUGGCCCAGAGCCAACAAAGAAAGAAAUUAACAGAAAGUAAGAGUGACUUUUGUCUUACAAUUUGUCUGACUGUCUUAUAAUUUACAGUUCUUUCUUUGAUCCCAUUUAUACGGAGAAAAGGUAUCCUGGGUAGAAUAGUCACCCGCUACUUGAAUUACCGUGGGUGCGUGAGCCAACUUUUCCUACAUUUCCUUACAAAACGUGGCGAACUGUUUACAUGAGAAAUAAAACGUUGUUCCGGCUACAAGGAGGGUAGCCAACAGGUGGCGAGAUUCGGGAUUGAGAGUAUGCACGGGAGGUGAGACGCCAAACAUAAACCUCGGGAUUACGGGAGUGCCCGAAAUUUUGGGUCGGGAUUACGGGAUUGAAGAACCUUUUUUGCGGACCCUCUUCAAGGGUGAGCCGCCUUUCUGGGUCACCCCUAUUUGAUGGCAGCCCAGCCGGGUCAUAUAAGCAUUUUGACUGGACAAACAGAGCAUGCGUGAGUGCUGUUAGCUCGGGCAAAGGGGUCACCUUUUGUGUCAUAUAAACGCUCACUAAAGGUGGCUCGACUGGGAAGGUGACCCUGUUUUCCGGGACAACUUUUCUUCAAAUGAACGGGGUCUUAUAAUUAACGGACAACCUGUUGACUCAGUUGACGGAUUGUAGGACUGCUUGGCGGAAGGUGGCGGGUUCAAAUCACGGCCGGACCAUCAACAAACGUCUUAAACUUGUUCGAUCACGUUGAUUAAGAUUAAGACCUUCAUUCACUUUAUAUUAUCGUGUCUUAGGGAAGGGACUUCAUAAAGCGAUAAGCCUCUUAAUUGCUUAGAGGGGAGGGGGGUGGGGGUUAAGAAAUCACGUUACUGUCGAUCAUAGGAGCCUUUUGGUACAAUUAAAGAGAGUACAAAAUGAUUAUUGUAAUAAUGUAAAUAAUGUAUUCGAUACUUUGGUUUCGUUUCACAGAAUACGAAGCUGUAAGAAGCCAAUUCAAAACGUACUUCUUCUAAAGACUCAUUUCACCGGAUCUGACGUCAUCACCAACAUUCUCAAUCGAUUCGCUGAUCUACGGGGCCUGCGCGUAGCUCUGCCUAGCGGGGGUCUGUCGACAUUUUAUUGGCCAUCAAGAUUUCACUGGAAAUACGUCGACAUCAUGUUACUUGAUGGCGCCCUUCCCAAUAUACUUUGCAAUCAUGCACGAUUUAAUGGUGACGUCAUGGAUGAGAUAAUGCCGCCUCGCACCGCCUUUAUUACUAUAGUCCGCGAUCCCAUGUCGCAUUUCGAGGUGACAUUCCGUAACCUAGAGUUCGCGGAGGUUUUGGAAAUGGAGGGCGUGCCACAUCCUCAUAUGGUCUUCUUGGAAAAUCCGGGCAAAUACAUUACUAGAGCCAUCCAGCACAAGAGAUUUAAGGUUCGGUCAUUCAAAUUCAAACGGCGCAACAAAUCUUUGACAAUAAACCAACUACGAUAUAUUAAAAUUCAUACUUGGCUGCGAGGCUUGGGGGAAAAAAAACAAAAGAAAUCAUAUGAAUAAUACAUUUCUUUUGUUUUAUUCCCCCAAGCCACAGAGCCAAGUAUGAAUUUUAAUUUAUUGAGAAGCAUCACAAGAAGUUUAGUGGAAGUGCAUGAAUAUAGUGAAUUAGUAAAAUCCAACCAGUGGUCUAUUAUCAAUGCUGCGUUCUGAUUGGUUGAGCUACUACUAGGCUAUAUGUUAUAGCCCACUAGUAGAGAAAAGCGCGGGCUUUUUGGCGGCAAAAAAGGAUUAAAGUCUAGCUUUAACUAGACAAAAUUUUUUUAUUCCAACUAGUUGGUCAAUUUGAUAUCACGGUAACAACAGUAUCCUUUGUUACUGUUUUAGGAUUCUCUGAAUCUCAUCAAGAAUGGAAUGUUCUUCGACCUUGGUCUUCGUACGACAGACUAUCAUAAACCCGAAGUAGUGAAAGACGCAAUUAUAGACAUCGACGACAAAUUCACUCUGGUGUUAAUUUAUGAGUACUUGGAUGAAUCUCUUGUAUUGAUGAAGAGAAAACUUUGUUGGCAACUCGAUGAUGUUUUGUAUCUCAAAUUUCAUUAUCAACGUCAUGGAGAACCAUCGCUAAACGAAAUGAUGAGCAGCGGCUUUGUGGAAAAAAUUCAGCGAUGGAAUAAAGCUGACUUCAUGUUGUAUCAAUAUUUUAACGACACACUUUGGAAUGAAAUUCACUUUGAAGGAAAAGAAUUUAUUGAGGAGCUUCGCGAUUUUAGAUCUAAACAUGAAGAAAUGGAACGAGACUGUCUUGGGUUUGGAUCAGUAAAUGUAGAGAAAAUCACUCUCAAUCCGAACGUUUCAUCGUAUAAUCGAUAUUUAUGCGAAAAGAUGCUCUUUAACGACAUAGAGUAUAUACACUACUUCCGGAAAAAGAUGGAAAAUGUUAAAAUGACCGCGCCCGCCAACAACACUGCGGAUGGGAAUAGAAAUAGAAUACACUCUGGGCAUGCACAGGAAAGAAAUGAAGUUCAGUUAAACAGAAACGAGACAGAAGCGAGCGUGGUUUCAACGCGAUGA